UGACGCCCCAGCGCUGAGACCACGCUUAGAGAGACGCGAGGAGAGCGGCUUGGAGCGAGAGAGUCGAGAGGAGACCGCCGAGUCAACAGCAGCGAACGUCCCCAGACGAGAGGCGGAGAUGGACCCACGGCAGCGGCAGCUCAAGAUCAAGACAGGGGUGGUCAAGCGUAUUGCCAAGGAAACGACGAUGUACAAGUUGGAGUUGACGCAGCAGGAGGAGAAAGUGGAGAAGAUGAAGACGGAGGGAGACGAGUACAUGCUCAAGAAGCAGAUUGAGGUUCUUCAGGAGGCCAAGAUGAUGAUCCCUGACUGUGAGCGGCGUCUGGCUGCUGCCCACGGGGACCUCUCUCAGCUCGUGGAGAACGAGGAAGACCUGGCGGACACGGAAGAGUACCAGGCCGCCAUCGCCAUACUGAAGGAAGUCAAGCUGGAGUCCAAAUGAUUCUUAACUGAGCCUUAAUUUUAUCACAACCCAUUCCUGCAGCAGGCAUGCACGUUGCUCACCCUGUCUACUGUUUACUAUGGGAUUCCUCUUAUCUGUGAAUCCUCUUUAUCCGUGAAUCCUCUUGGGAAAAAUGGGGCAGCGUAUCCAUAUUUCCUCCUUCAGGAGAAUUUACAGAUAAAGUAAAAAUGGGGGAUUAAAAAACGUUGGGAAUGUGAUGUUAUAACGAGCUUGAAUUUCCCAUACUGUGGCACGGGUCCCUGCUUUCUACUGCUGUGUGCACCGCGUUGCACAUGUGGCGCUAGGUAUGCCGGCGAAAUAAAAAAAAACAGUUGCAUCGCCCACGACUGGACAUAUCUCCCCUAUGCGGCUUUGUGGGAGAGACAAAAGAAACCUAAACUCCAGAUCCCCCUCACGGUUUGCUGCCACACCUUGUGGGCAUUGCCUAAUGGAGGUCGUGACUCUCCCUGGUUUCCCCAGAUUUGAGUUUUCAUCUCCCAUAGAAACUUGCAAGAGUUGGGCAAAUGACCGCUCGUGAUUAAAUGGGAUAUGUAGUAUCGUGCAUUACGCGUGUGAUGUUUCUAUCUUGCAAGAGAGCACAGGUAGCCAAGCCUGCAGAUGGACACGGCCUCAAUUCAAGGAGGACCCAUCCUACUCAAACCGUCUUAUCCACAACGCACUUCCCACUGAUUUCCACCUCUUCCACAGACUAAACCCGGACAUGUCUUCGGUUGCCUAUUUAUAUCUAAAUCGCAUUAUGCCGUAAUAAAGUUCAACACAAUACUGGUAACAAAUCUUGGUACGAAUUAUUUCCUGCCACCUGGGCACAGUCGGGUCAAACACUGACAGGCAGCAAAACCCCACACUCCCACAUCACAGAUAAUAUGAAUUCUACGGUAUAAAAAUAUGUAUUAAAUAAAUAAAACUGUCCAGUUUUUUUGCAUAACUCCUUCAGUUCGUAUUGCAAAUGGUUAAACUUAUUGUCAAACUUGAGCUUUGGAAUAAAGAGGUUAGAUAAUUGUACAAUUAAGUAAUUUAAUCCACUUAAACGAGACCUUGAGAAGUUUAUAUGUUUUGCCUUCGAAUUAAAAAUUCCAGCUGGAAGCCUGUGUUUCGUGUGCUGCUAACUGGUCGUGGUUUAUGCCAGCUCGUGUGGGGCCUUCCCUGGUGGUAUCCCACAGCCAGCAUUUUAUUAUUUAUCCUUUUUAACUUUUGUGGAGCUUUCCUUCAGCUGUUGCUGAUUUGUGCCUUUCUUGUUGGCCUUUGGGUAUGAAUUCGAACUCGUAAAUAAUCUCGCUGAGCUUCACAUGUCGCAAUGUCAUUUGUAUCUUGAUUCUCGACCUUGUUUUGGAUGCCGUUUGGUUGGCCUCGCUGGAGUGGAAAGUAAGCGGGAUGACCCAGGGUCAGUAGGCUGCCUGUUCCCGACAUUGGUGCCGAUGACCCACUUGUCACUUGACCGUCGUCGUAUUCACACAGGCCAUGUAAGAGACGGAGUGGAUCAACCAGUGCCACGUCCAGAUUUUCAAUUGAACUCAACUGAGCCCUUAUACACUCAAAGAUGGGCAUGUGUGACUGAUGGGCAUGUGUUAACGUUUACUGUAUUGUAUGUGCAACGACAGACGUAUUAUGGAGGGGGCAGAUUGCUUAUUUACUCAGUUUUAUGGCUUUAAAAGGAAAUACUUAAUAGGCACGUUUCUGCCAAUGGCUCUGUAUCAGAGUUGUAUAAAUAAAGGUUGUGUAUGGCUCA